AGAUACUCCUUUCAUUGUGGCAGUUUCGACCGGACAAAUUGGAUAUCGCAAAAGAACGAGACUCGAUCACUCACCAUGUUGUCCUGGUGUGCAUUCAUUUAUGGUCAGCUUCGAGUCACUAUCCAUCGACUUUGGCAUUGUCAUCUCCAAUGUCGUAAACGUUGUACAGAAUUCGAAGAAAAACCUCAGUAAGCAGCUCUUUGCAGAGCAGAAAAUAUAUUUAUUGUGCAAAACAUCCAACGCUAGUUUGUUGGCAGUUGACAACUGCCAGAGCUACUUCUACAAUAAGAAAGUCACAGCGACGAUUGAGAUGGAACCACCUAAGGUGAGUGUCAUCGGCACUGUGUUGAAUGUCUCUGCUGUCAUACUGAUUUGUCGCACACCCUCUUUCCACAAUGCAUUCGGCUACAUAUGUGCCUCGCAUUUACUUGCUGAUGUUGGAGUGCUCGUAAUGUUUUUAUUCUGGGCUGCUCCAGCAGCGAUACUGGGUGUUUCUAAGACGAUUACACUUUCCUACUUUGGUGAAAGAAUGGGUCAAAUUACUAUGUUGUUCUGGUACGCAUCCAUAUAUGGCCAACUUCAAAUUGCUCUAAAUCGACUUGUUGCAAUAUCAUCUCCACUAUUGUACAAUUCAACAUUCUCAACGAAACGAACGGUGCAAAUUUUGGUUGCUUUUUGGUUGCUUUCAGCGGCUCAUGUUGCAAUUUAUUUUUUUGAUGAUUGCGACUUCGUAUUUGACACCAAAGCCUAUAUAUGGACGUACGCUGGCUCGCAAUGUGGUAAUAUUAUCUCAUUUUAUUUGGAUUUUUUACAUGGAACAACGCUAUGCUGUAUUGUCGUUCUUGUGAAUACCAUUUCAUUUUUUGCGAUCAUCAAAGAAGCAAAAGGAUGUGUUCAGGCUGGAUGCUUUGCGCUUAUGAUUUUAUCAUUCCAUUUCUUCUCAAAAUUUGCGACAACAAAAUGGGCCACGUUUGCUGUGACAACCUUUGUGUGGGAACUAUGUCAUGCCAUGGAUGGGUUGGUACUGACUAGAUUUACCCUUCUUCCAAUAUGA